GCGCGGAGCGGCUCCGCGGAGGCAGCGAGGGCGGAGGAGGAGGAGGAGGAGGAGGAGGAGGAGGAGGAGGGAGAGGGAAGGCGGGGGGCAGAGAAAGUUGGGAGGAAAUAGCCCGGGAAAAGUGGCACUCGCGGAGCCCGCCGGAGCGGGGAGGAAAUAAAAGCGGCGGCGGGCAGGAAGUGUGAGGAGGAGGAGGAGGAGGAGGAGGAGAGGGGAGGAAGCAGCGGCAGAAGAGAAAGCAAAAGCCGCGCGGCGGCGGCUCGGUGCCGCCCGGGCCGGCAUCGGCGGCGGGGCCAUGGCCCGGGAGGGCGGCGGCGGCGGCGGCUCCUGGAAGAAGCAGGCCGAGGACAUCAAGAAGAUCUUCGAGUUCAAGGAGACGCUGGGGACGGGUGCAUUCUCUGAAGUUGUUUUGGCUGAAGAGAGAGCUAGUGGGAAGCUAUUUGCAGUCAAGUGCAUUCCCAAGAAGGCACUGAAGGGAAAGGAAAGCAGCAUAGAGAAUGAAAUUGCAGUCCUGAGAAAGAUCAAGCAUGAAAAUAUAGUUGCCCUGGAAGACAUAUAUGAGAGUCCGAACCAUUUAUAUCUGGUCAUGCAAUUGGUGUCCGGGGGAGAGCUUUUUGACCGCAUAGUCGAGAAGGGCUUCUACACUGAGAAGGACGCGAGCACCUUGAUACGCCAGGUCCUGGAUGCCGUGUACUACUUGCACAGGAUGGGCAUCGUGCACAGGGAUCUCAAGCCUGAGAACCUGCUUUACUACAGCCAGGAUGAAGAAUCAAAAAUCAUGAUCAGUGAUUUCGGAUUGUCAAAGAUGGAGGGUAAAGGAGAUGUCAUGUCCACAGCCUGCGGGACUCCUGGAUAUGUUGCUCCUGAAGUGCUGGCCCAGAAACCCUACAGCAAAGCCGUGGACUGCUGGUCCAUUGGGGUUAUUGCAUACAUCCUGCUCUGUGGAUAUCCCCCCUUCUAUGAUGAAAAUGACUCCAAACUCUUCGAGCAGAUCCUUAAGGCGGAGUAUGAGUUUGACUCUCCAUAUUGGGAUGACAUCUCCGAGUCUGCUAAAGACUUUAUUCGGAAUUUGAUGGAGAAAGACCCUAAUAAAAGAUAUACCUGUGAGCAAGCAGCGCGGCACCCUUGGAUCGCUGGUGAUACAGCACUCAAUAAAAACAUCCACGAAUCUGUCAGCGCUCAGAUCCGAAAGAACUUUGCAAAAAGCAAGUGGAGACAAGCGUUCAACGCCACGGCCGUCGUGAGGCACAUGAGGCGGUUGCACCUCGGCAGCAGCCUGGACAGCGCGAGCGCCGGCGUGUCGAGCGCCCUCAGCCUCGCUACGCCGCUUCCCGACGGAGCCGCCCGCAAAGAUUGUAUGUCUCCAUCCACUCUGUGUAGUUUUGUUUCAUCCGCUUCUUCGGGCGUUUCUGCGGUAGGAGGGGACCGGAGACCCAGACCCACCACAGUGACAACAGUGCACACAGGGAGCAAGUGACGGGCGCAGGCGGGGAGCGGCGGCCCAGGUGUCCGCGCCGUCAGGUUUUCUCGGAGCGAUCCCACCCUGCAUUGCGCGCUCAGCGAAGGACUAGAAGAAAGAAGAUUUUUUUAUGGCCAUAUUUUAUACUGCAAUUCUGAAAUGUUUCAUUUAUCACAAACUGCAAUGACUCCAGGGGGAAUGGAUCUAACAGUCUCUGGUGCUGUACAUAUAUAUACAUAUAUAUAUAAAUAUAUAUAUAUAUAUGUGAGUCUAGCAAUGUUCUAACUAAUGAACACUCAUUCUUUUCCCCAGUGAUUUACUCUUUUCUCAGCGUAGGUAACAGUAUAUAUUGUAUUUUUUUCCAUUAACUACGAACAUCUCAACUGGAUUAUUUAAAUAGAGAUACUUUUCUGAGCAUUAUAUAUUUUUUUCUUUUAAAAAGUACUUCCAGUAAUGUUCCUCCUUCCAGUUUGCUGGGGAAUAGGUUAUUUCUGUAGGUAGGAAUUUACAUUAACUUUGCAACACAGGAGGAUUGCAAUGGCUUGCCAUUUUUAACUCCUCAAAUUGGACUGCAAAUCUGUCUGGCUUUAGCAGAGCUGUUACUGCUCGGAUUAAGAAAAACUGCUGCUUUCCCUCCCCUCCUCCUCCUUGAAAGCCAUGGCGAGAGUUGAAUUGCCGCCAGCUGGAAGUUAGCUCAAAUCUGGCCGAAUUUCCGUAGUGCCGGGGAUCAGCAGCACCCCGCGUGUCGGAGGAGAGGCAGGUAUCCAGCGCCUUUCGGGAGCUCACCAGAGCUGAGCUAGCGAAACGGUAGAGGAGAGUCUCAUUUUGCAGCUCUUACCCGCUUCGUAGUCCCUUCGGACGGAAGGAAAGGAUGGUGUGGGGCUCCGAGUCCUAGUUUUACUCUGCCCCAGCUGCCUCCAGGCCUGGCCUCGGACUUGGAGCGCAUCUGGUCGAGGUCUCCAGGGCAGGGGCUCAGCACCUGCGGCUGUGCUUGGCUUCGGCUGCGGUUGCUGGUGCUCAGCACCUCUCAGAGGCAGCCGGUGUUGAAGCCACUAAAAUAUCGGAAACCAAAUAGAGAAGUUUGGACCUUAAUUUCUACGUGCCUCGGUUUCGCCUCCUGGGAGAGGGGUGGUACUUGCACUCCUCCAUAAAGCACUUCCAGGGUCUCAGGUGCAAAGUGCGGGAUCCAGGAGUAUCAUUGCUUCAUCACUGUUAGCACCAGCCAGGGCGGAGGGCCGGAGAGGAGCUGGGGAAAGCAGGGCCCCUCCGAAAGGCAGAUGCAUGUGCACGGGCCGCGGUGCACAGCCUCCCUUCCUCUUCCUCCCCAAGAGUUCAUAUACAAAAGCUAACUCAAUUGCCCUGUUUUUUUUGUUACUGAAACACACGCACAUCCCAGGCUACGUAUGCUGGCGUGUCAUUUAGGAACAGCCACUGUUACUGUCGUGCAGCAAGUGCAUUUAAACAGCUUGGACUGGAAAGGAGACCUGUUCGCCAUCUGACCUCAUUUGCUGAAUGUCUCCAGGUUGCUUUGGUGUCGUUCACAGCUUUGGUUUUCUUUCCAGGAGGAGGAGAGGGAGGCAGGCAGGAGGAGCAGGCGCCCGCGCCCUGCCACUGUGAGCCGCUCGUACCCCAGACCGCUCCGUCCCCGCAGAGAGGUGCAAGCCAUUUCCCCCCGAAUGGGCCCUGUUGCCGCAUUCGUGUCAUUUAUCCUGCACAAGAAAUUGCGAAAGCCAGUCACAGACACAGCUGAAUGUAUAAGGCAAUAGUGACCGCGCUGCAAAAAGCCAUAAGAUACUUUUCAUUGAGACUUCAAAACCCUGCUUCAGUUGUCUGGCUUUUGCCCGGCAGAGCCGGGAUUUCAUCCAUCCUGCUUUGAGUGCUAAAGGCUGGAAAAGCAGGUGCCAGGGAGUGCUGACUCUGCUCGAGGAGGUCACUUCUUUGGUGGCACUUAAAGCUGUUGCACGCAGUAGAUCUCUCGUUUCCUCAGUAUUAACCUGUUCCCAGUUUCUGGAGAGGACAGAGUCCAAGUCCCCCGGGAGUUCCCAUCUCCAGCAUGCCCAGGUAGCCGCUUGUGAAACCUCGUGGCUAAGGCCACAGCAGAGAGCCAGGUCUCCAGCUUGCAGGAGCUGGAGGAACUCUAGCAGAGUCCACCGAGUUUCUGCAGUUUUAGGCAUCGGUAGACCUGGCCCAGUGUGUGUUAGUGAUGUGUGUGACCAGUGAUGGACCUACUCAGGUUAUGGUUGCCAUAGCAAAGCCGGAAAGCUGCGGUAUUCUUAUUUUAGGAAAGAUGGCAGAUACGAGGUCUCUCUGAGGUUGGUAGCAAAGCUCCAUAUAAUUUCCCUGGUGGGACCUUCUGUCCAAGAUCUGGGCAGACAGACGGGCAGGGAUCUCCUCGCUGCGAGGCUCACUUCUCUCCCCUGCCCCUCCACACACAUAAGCUCAGCUGGCCAUGGUCUGCUCCAGUUGCCUGUAUGUAAAUAGGCAAUAUCCCAGUUUGGAGUCACUGGCGUUCUCCACAUUAACACUCGUGCAGCCAAGAGCGGGAUUUGGUUAGGGACUAUGUUUGUCUUUGUACAAUUGUGUAUAAGGCCAAGGGUCGAGCACCCCUUCUUUGCAUUUUCUUCUGAAAUCCGAGGUUGGAGUUGAAUGUCAUUUAGUUGCUGAGGGCACCAAUCAAAGUACAGCAUCCAAACAUAUCUUGCAGAAAAAAAGGAAAAGAAAAUGGAUUGCCAUCUGUGAAGCAAAGAGCAGUGAUGCAAGCAAAGGCAGAGGUGCGCUUCUGCAGUCGGGGGAGGGCCCCCCUUGGUCCCGCAUGCCGGCCGCCCCUCCGUGCUUGCUGCCUUCUGUAUUUUGCUUUGGGAGGGGUGUUCUGCUGUCCUUCCAAACUUGGAGCUGGGGUUUUUUCCUUCCUAUAAGUAAUAUUCUGCUAUAGUUGUGUAAUUUAUUGUCAUUCUCUUUGGCUUGUUAUCAACUGCCAGGAGCUUAAGAUGAGAAACAGAAGCACUUAAAAGCAAAAUUGUUUCUUUCUGCUGCAGUUUUGGGUGAUGGGAAGCUGGGGUUUUUUUGUAUCGGUAAAAUAGGGCUGGAGAUCUAACAGGUGUUCAUGACAGGCGAAGGGUAGAGAUCUUUAUUGUUGCUGAGUCAUAAAGUGUCUCUCUUGGUUAAAAACUUCUUAAAUCUGUGCAAAGCUGUUAACGGGGGUGACUUAGCAGAAGCCAGGCCACCUUGCCCACGCGAGGUCUUUACGGGCCAGGUUUUCGAAGGUGGCUAGAGACGUCUGCCCCUUGGCAGCACAGCUCCGUGUGGCAAACACCAACGUCACUUGCCGGGGAGGCUGCGGUGCCAUCGCCUAUCCUUCCCCCUCAGCAGCCCGCCGCGUACCUCUGCUCAGCGAGUCCCCUACCCGAAUGCAGAAGCCAAGAGCAAAUAACGUGCACGUGGGGAAAGGGCUCCUAGCCGAAAAGCGGACGAUCCAAACCAAAUCCACAGCAAGCCUUACCAUGAAGGAGCGGGUAGAAAAAUCACUCUGGGCUCUUCCCAAAUGGAGCCGUCUUACUAAACCACGUGCGAUUCGCUCCUCCCAUGAGGACUUCGCCUGGACUCCCCUGUUCGUUACCCUUUUCUGCUUUACUUUACUGGCACCAAUGUGCUUUCAAUUUGUGACCUGUUUUCCUCCGCUCCUUCCCCUUCUUUCUUUCUCUUUGCUUGCAGCUUUGCUUGCUGCUUUUUACCUCCAGAGCCCAGCUCUGAUGCCCACCGCAGUGUUACUCUGGGAAAAAACCUCCAGCAAAGCUCGGGCUGGCCCCUUGGCCUGCAGAAGUGCGAGGACAGGCCACCUGCGACCGCUGUGACACCGAAAGUCGGUACUGCAGUGCCAGGGGCUGAUUUUUGCAUGUGACUUCAUUGCCGGUGCCUCCCAGCUCUACGGGAUCACACCUUGUGCGAUGCGAAGCAGAUGCCGCUGCUGCAGCACAGCUAGUGGGGAGGUCAGAGCGGGGGGCAGUGCUGGCAGGGAUGCUUUCCUGAGGCUGCGUUACCCAGCUGGUAACGGCUCUUCUGUCCUGGUGGCCCUGGUUGCAGAAGCCUCUGCCUUUUGGCACGUGGGAAGUCCCUUUUAAUGGGCUUGCUUGCCCGCUUGCUCCCGUGUGUGCUUGCCUGGCGGAGCUGGGGCCUCCGUGCAUCCCGGAGGGCGUCAUGGGAAGGGAGUUUUGCCUCCGCUAGCGUGGUUAUUCGCCCCCGAAACCGGAGGCGAAGAAUUACACUCACUCAAGCAAAGAAUGGAAACACACACGGAGACUACUCUAUCCAAGGAAAACAACAUCGAAAGCGGGAGCGGCAGCAGGCUUGCUCGCACGGAGGAUUAGCUGGCAGAUCGUUCCCGGUGAGGGUUGAAUGAGGAAAUGGCAACUUGCUCCCAAAUGUUUUGCGAGCAGAAUUUCUCCUGGGAAGUUAGUCCUUGCAGAUUACUUGCCCAGCAGCAGUUUUACACAUUCCUGUUAAUUUAUCCCUGGUUCCCUAUAGCCGUGUCCUGCCUUUAGAUCUGGUGUGCCGGGCAGGCUGCUGCCUGCGGGACAAGUGUGCAUGCAUGUGUGCGUAGUACGGCCCCAGGGAUCCCAGCUCCCGCCACUGGUUGAAAAUCAGGAGUUGGUUCAGGGGAUUUUUUGGUCUGACUUUGCCCAGUUGGGUCGAAGCUGUGUAAAUAGUGUUUGUGAUCAAGAAUAGGGCUCUUUAUCCCGGACUCUCGUUUUCAAGACCCCUGUCCCGUCACUAACAGUGCCACUGAUCUGUCCAGCUAGCAUUUUUUUUCCUCCUCUCCAUAAGUGGCAAGGUCAGAGGAGCAGCUCUUACAUUUUUCCACGCUCGAGAGUGGAACCAGGGCAUGUACGCUUGCAAGCGUUGUGAAAAAAACACUGCUGAACUAAUGAUGACAUCAAAAUGUCCAAUAAAUGCAUGAUACUGCACUGCAUGUAUUAAACUGCUGUUCACUGUUUCUGUAUUUCCCAAGCCUUUUUUUUCGGCACAUUGAAGCCAACCUUUUCUUCUAGGGAUUUCUUCUGGGUUUUGCUCUUAAAUGACUCAGUGUAUCUGUAACUCAAAAUCCAUCGUUUAGUUUGAGUAAAUGCAAAAGCCGGUGUUUUGUAAACAAGAUACUGCAAAGCCUGAUGAUGUAGUUUGUGUUUCUGUUGGAUGCUCUGCAGCUUGCACAGGAGGUUUCACCAUCCAGAGAUGCUUUUAAACUGUGCAGCAGUCACAUACACACGUCUAGGUUCAGGGAAUCAGGGUGGGGGAGUCCUUCUUUGAAUACGAUGUUAAAAAAUUCAAUCUGCAUUGAAAAAUCCUUCCCUGGGUUACGAACACUCAGGCCUGCCAAGAAGCAUGUUGGUGUGUCUUUGGGACUUUUUUUUUUUUGGUUUGGUUUUCCUAGGCAGAACUUCGGCUGGUUCGCUCAAUUCUUAGUAUUUUCCUCUUCCUAUGAGACAUUUCGUUCUCGCCUGUAGCAGAAUGAGCUGCAUUUUGGCAACUAAGGUGCUGUGAUUUUUUUGCCUGUGCAAAAUAGUUUCGGGAACUGAGCUAAUUAUCCCAUCCUUUCCGAAGCACCAGGUAUCAAAGCACCUUCCCCCCCGCCGCCCCCAACCUAAAUACUUGCAGUGGUCCUUGAAGCUCCAUGUGCUAGUACCACCAUUUACCUGCCCAAGAGCUUGGCCUGGCACUUUUCCUUCUUCCACGUGGGAAUCAUUCCCUUGCCUUCUCUUCUGUUAAUCGACCCAUUUUCACUUGCACUGGGCUUUCUGAGGCCGGGAAGGUGCAGCAGGCCACAUCGGUAGUACUGUUUCAGUACUAAUUAAUACUGCAUUAGCAUGGAAGAGGCUCGUGUUGCUGAAGCCGGGAGCGGAGCUGAGAGGGCUGGGACCGGCACCGCGGUAGGACACUUGCGCGGCUCCGGGUGACAGCGUGCCACGCGGCAGGGCUGCAGCAAAGCGUGCCGGUGGUGUAGGGAGCGAGCAUCAAUGUUGCAACCCCCCCCCCCGCCCCGCCACCGCCGAAAGCCUGGCUGGGGUUUUGCCCCCGUGGCCGUAAAUCCCGUGGAAAGCCCGGGCUCAGCAUGGUUCACGGCUCACGGCAGCACUUAGGUGAGCUCCAAGCUUUUCCAUCAUCCACAUCCCACCAGUGCAGCCCGGCAUCGCACUUGUUACGUCUCGCCGGGUCAAUACGUAGCGUCACCCCCAGCCGUCCCCGUGCGAAGAGCGUGGGAGGUCGUUAGCUCAACGAGACUCACGUUUCUGGUGGAUGCAAGUGCCACCAAGCCGCUGGCACUGUCCUCUCGCUGAGAAACAGCAUUUUGGUCAGCUUGGGGCUUUUUUUAUGUAAAUAUAUUUGAUUUGGGACAGCAAACAAACAAACGAAAGGCCCAGCCUGUCCAGAGUAAUGACUCCCCAGAUAUCCCCAACCAAGAAACAUCACUCCGUUUACUUUUAAUGAAAAUGCGAGCAUGUUUUCUACAAAGGCUUAAAUCUUAAUCAAGGAAUGUCCGUGUGCCUAAUCUUGCAGGUCUUGUGAUUGAUACAAGUUCAUAACAGCAUCCGUGUCCAAAAAGAAGGGAGAAUGUGUAUUUACUCCAUGCAUGUAUUAAGGCAUUGCAAAAGUUUUAUCUGCGUAAAUGAGUUUGCAGUAUUGCAAAUUGUUAAUGGGGCUACAUUGCAAGUGGUUCUCUGCCUUGACAAUCAUGUAUACAUAUCGAGAUUUCUAUCAUAAUGACAAUUUAAAGGGACGACUAAUUGUUUUCCUCCAAUAAAUCCAAUUAAAUCAC